CGAAACUGUGAACGUUUCGCGGCUGCAAGGCGGGAGAGGCCGGUUGACGGGCUCGGGUCGCCACGUGCCGUUGCAAAUCAGUUGAAGAGGUUUUGUUGGUCCUCAGUUUUAGAUCACCGAUCAUAAGCAGCAAAUAUGACGGUCGGCAAGAACAACAAGAUGAUGCAGCACAUAAACUACAGGAUUCGGGUCAUGCUUCAGGAUUCACGGACAUUCAUCGGAACUUUCAAAGCCUUUGACAAGCACAUGAACCUGAUCCUGUGCGACUGCGAGGAGUUCCGCAAGCUGAAGGCCAAGGCCGGCAAGCCGGGCGAGCGGGAGGAGAAGCGCGUGCUCGGCAUGGUGCUGCUGCGCGGCGAGAACAUCGUCUCCGUGACGGUGGAGGGGCCGCCGCCGGCCGACGAGCGCGGGCCGCGCGUGCCGGCCGCCGGCGCCGGGCCGGGCCCUGGCGCCGGCCGCGCCGCCGGCCGGGGCGUCAGCGCCGCGCCCACCGGGCCCGCCGCCGGCCUGCAGGGCCCGGUGCGCGGCGUCGGCGGACCCUCCCAGCAGAUGAUGGUGCCGCAGGGGCGCGGCAUGCCGCCCAUGCGCGGACCGAUGGGCCCGCUGCUCGGCGGACCGCCCAGGCCCAUGAUGGGAGGCAUGGGCGGGCCGCCCCAGAUGGGUCGCGGCGGGCCCGGCCCGAUGGGCCCGAUGCGGGGCCCGCCUCCGGGCAUGAUGCGCGGUGGGCCGCACCAGGGCCGACCCUUCUAGACGGCGUCACCCGGCGCUCCGGCGCCCGUUCAGCAUCAUCGUCGUCGCCCGUCGAGCGCGUCAUCGUACCGCGUCACUGCUCCCAGCGCCACGUCCUGUUUCGAGUACCGCGACCGGAGGCCGUGCGCCAGCGUCCCCGACUUGUCUUGGCGGGAGUUACGACCGGGUAGGACUGCCGGCGACCGCGUGGCCACUCGGCGGCUGGACAUCCGUGUUCGCGCCGGCGGACAGCUCGCCAGUCCCGGCUGCUGGUGGUGACUGCUCCCGCUUGCAGUCGGCCGCGGAGGUAGCUGGCCACGGAGCAGAACGUGUCUUUAGUUUCGACCAGGGCGUGGGGAAAGGCCAAGUGUACCUCGAGAUCAUCGCUGAUUUUCGCCGCUGUGGCGUCGUGCAGGUGUACUGCACAAUACAUUGGUCUGAUGAG